UGUGACUCUUCACCUUACACGUGCCACAUGCCUGACACGUGGAAGGUCGAAUAUGACACCCAGACAAACAGGUCGGCCUUUCAAUAUCCAUGAGCUCUAUAAACCUCCCAUCUCUCAAGUCUCAACUGAAGGAAUCCAAAGGCCGAGAGAGAGAGAGAGCCCAGAGAGUGUAUGUUCUAUUGCUAGAGAGUGUGUUCUUUCGUGGAGAAGAAGAGCUCCAGUUUUUUGGCAGUGCUAUCAAUGGCAGACCGAAAGGUGCAAGAAAUGAAGAACAAGACCAGUGGCUCGUCGGUCUUAAGUUCCUCGAUGGCUGCACUGGUGAUCGGGGGACCCUUGUUGGGGAUGAGUGGUUUCUCUUUCUUGGCUUCCAUGACCAUACUCAUAAUAAGUUCGCCGUUAUUCCUCAUCUUUAGCCCUCUUAUUCUCCCGGUUGCCUUUGUUCUCGGCUGCUCAAUGGUGGCUUUUGCAGCUGCUGGGUUAAUGGGAAUGGCUGGGUUCUGUGCCAUUACUUGUGUUUUUCGAAGUGUUCGAGGUCAACAAAUCGGGAGGAUUCCGGCACAAGUGGUGGAUACGGCCCAAAAAGCGAAGGAACAUGGCAAAGAAUUGGGUGCUCAUUUGCAACAAAGGGUGCAAAUUCCCAUUGAGAAUAAGACCAGAGGUUAGGGGAAGUGGGUGACGUAGUUUUAGAUUUUCUAUUUGUUUUGUGUGUAAUUGCGUUUGCGAGUUAUGUGGGUGGUUUGAAGCAGGAUGGAUGUAUAAUUUGUAUGCUUGUACAAGGAUUUGUUGGGCACAUAAACCUACUGCCUUUGAUAUGGCACACUCCCACGGCUUCAUAGUGUACACGUAGUCCCUUAGUAGCUCCCUCUGGUGAAUUGCUGUAAAAGAGUUGCUUAGGCUGAUUUUUUUAGCUUCUAAAUUUUGGUAGGGAGAGUAUAGUAUGAGACCGCUACGGGGUACAAGGUGAGAAAUUAAUCUUCGACCAUUGGAUGGCUGCAAACC